AUAUAUAUAUACGAGUGUCAAGUGAUGAGUCAUAUGACAUCUGGGAGGAAAACGAUAGACAAGUAACAUUUCAUUUUCAGAUUCGUGAUUUCAUUUUCAGAUUCGUGUUUUUAUUUUCAUAUUAAAAUAUAAAAAGAGACUGAUGAAUUUCUUAAUAAAAAAGCAAUAUUAAACUUCAGAACAGUUAGAGGCCAUGUCCAUAUUCAUGUUGCCAUGCAUAACGUUGAAUCGACGUUAUCACCAGUACCCACCUCAGAUAACGUCGAUCGUUACCCUGUCGUAUUUUGACCGCUAAAAGAGCUCAAAAUCAAAAUGGCAACUGAAAUACGGUAUAAUCCUUCGUUUGCGCCAAUUAAUGUAGGCUCUUGUGUAUAAAAUAUGAGAAGUCUUAUCGCAGAAAAAUGUCGCAAUUUGCGAACACAAAUUGACCAGUAUUUGACACAAAAAAAAAGUCGGUUCAAUACUUCGACCUUUGUUUUGACCUCUAUUAGUUGAAAAUAAUAUAAUACUGGCAAAAGUUGCAAAGCAAACAUUAAAUAUUAAACUUUGGUCUGUUCGGAUGUAAAUAUUCAAACUUCCAUGAAAUAACGUCAAGGAGGUGACGUAAAAACCCACCCACCCACCCAUAACGUCGAUUCGACAUUAUGCGUGGCAACAUGAAUAUGGACGUGGCCCUUAAGGGCAAUCGAAAAAACAUUCAAUGCCAUUGUUCACUAAGGGGCCACGUCCAUAGUCAGGUUGCCACAAAUAAUGUUGAAUCGACGUAAGAUGUUAUUUCUUCACCCACUCCAGAUAACGUUGAUCGAUUAUCAUAUUAUUUUGACUUUCAUAUUCAUGAUACAAAGUCUGUACUGUGAUAGUUACUUGGGAUAUUAUUGUCAAAUUGCCACAAGAUAAUGUUGAUAAGUUCACAUAAAAACCGACCCACCCACUCAUAACAUCGAUUCAACAUUAUUUGUGGCAACAUGAAUAUGGAUGUGACCCCUAACAUUAAAUGAAUAAAAUAAAACAAUUACGACAUUUCUAGCUUGUUAGGUUUUCUCUGGAGGCCCCACAGAACAUUUGUGAUUAGAACGAGUAGCCAUGAUCACAUCUGAAAACAGAGUCAUCAACUUGACGGGAAAAUUGUUAAAUUGAUACAAUUUACAAUAAAAUCAUUCAUUGGCAUUCUGCAUCAGGUUUUGAAGUAUAAAUAUACUGAAACUAAAAUUUGUGUAUUUCUGCAUGUCUGUUCAUUUCAAAACUUUAGAAAAUAACAUUUUUAUUGACCCAGACAAGAUUACUAGAAAAACAUUUUCAAGUUUAUGAUUCAACAAGUGGUUGGAAAGUUUGCUGUGAUGCUUAAAUUGCUAGCCCAAAUACUUGGCAUGGCACAAGGGUGUUUUUACACCAACUUGGCAUGUAUGAAAGCUGAUAUACACAAAUUUUAUCUUUUCGGCUUUUCUACAGGCAUGGAAAAAUAAUGGGCAUUUAUUGUACUUUCUACCAUCUGACAGACACACAAACGUCCACUAUGGACAACAGACGCUACCUAACAGUGUCAAUCUCCAGCACCUUUAUAUUUGGAGCAAAUGAAAUUGUGCAAGUGAAAUGUUAACUACCGGACUGAAUGGGUCUCCUGCUUUCCUUGAUACCCUUGUUGGGAUUGUUGGGAUAUGUGUUGGGAUUAUUAACCACACUGAAAUCCCUAAGGGAAUCAACUAACUUCUGUUUGACUCAAAGCUUGGCCUAGAUCUAGCUGGGCUGUACGCAGGGUUUUUUCACCAGGGAGCAGUAAGGCCUAUAUGUCGAAAAAAGUCCCAAUCUAGCUAGUGGAUUAUUCCUGCUGUAUUUGAAUGAAUAGCUAUUUUUCAAUGAGAAUGUUUGUGUUUUAGACGCAUGUCUUCGUUGUCAAGCAAACAGUAAACAAGAAGAAUGUGUUGGUAGGUCAAUGUCAAGUUUCUUCCUAGUAUUAAUAAUUCAUUCAAUUGCCGCUUGCAGGGUCAUGGCUUUAUUAUAAAGUUACUUGAUACUAUUCAGAGAGGGCCAGAUAUUCACCAUAGUUUUGGCAUUGGUAUUGUUAUUCCCAAAAUAUAGCGUACAGUUUCAGCAAACUUUGACUUUUAUCUAUAAUAAACGCAAGACAAGUAAUCAGUGAAUAGCAUAUGAUGUGUUGCGAACUGCAACCAGUCUGAUUUAAAACAGUGCGGUGUAAAAUACUACUUGCAUUAAGUUGCAAGUAUUGUUUUUCCCUGAACUUUUCAAGCCAAAAAUGUCUGGAAAAGCGCUUCAUUAAAAAAUAGAACAGUCAUUUGGUUAUAACCACAUGUCACUGUCGUAUUGUAUGCAAUUCUGAUUGAUUACUCUAGUCUUUAGUACUGUUCCUAGCACGAGAAAGUUGAAUUAUUUGUUUUUUACACUAACUUACUGAAUACUGGUCAAAGGUAUAAAAUUUUGCUAAGUACGUGUAUCCCAUUCUUCCAAGUGCUUAUUCUUCCCUGAGUCCGUAUAUAUUUUUUUCUGCAUCAAUGAACAACUGUUUUUCUUAUUAGUUGUUUGGGGAGAAUGCAAUCAUUCAUUUCAUAACUGCUGUAUGUCACUUUGGGUCGUUCAAAACAACCGUUGUCCUUUGUGCCAGAAAGAUUGGGUUGUACAAAGAAUUGGCCGAUGAAACGCGUGGUAUUUUAUUAAAAUCAUCUCUCAAUCACAAUGGCGAUUGUUACAGUUAGGAAGUAACAUAAUAGACUUGCUCAGCCUAAGCAGGUUUAUGCCUGUUAGCACUCACUUGGUUACCUUUAUGCCAUAUUAUCAGACUAGUAAUAACCCGCAGUGUGGAUUACCGAUUUACUCGUUUGAGCGCCGCCCCCGAUUGAACGUCGCAUAUGAGAGCAAACUCGUUUACAUGUAAGCGCCAAAAUUAGUAAAGAGUACCGCCCUUAUAUAACCGACGCACUUAUUCAGUCUUCGUGACGCCCAACCGCGGAAUGAAAGCGCCCCGGGUACGAGAUUGUAAUCUUUAACAAACCUCGGAACUCUUUUUCUCCAUUCAGUGUUUUUAUGUUAUAUUUUGUUGCUACAUGUAUAAUAUUUCUUGUCAUCACUUAAAAAUAAAAUAUAUUAUAAAGAGCGCCGCCCUCGAACAAGCGGCGCCGUCAAAUAAGGCGUUUAAACGAGUAAGUACGGUAUAACGGUCGGCAAUCAACUUUGGCAGAAGAAAAACACUAACUGAUUGAUCAAUUUUAUUGUUCAUGUUGACCGAUCAGAUUAAAUACACAUUCAAUUUUCGUUUAAAUAAAGACUGAACUUCGUUUUGUUCAACAAGCACCCAAGUUGGCUUCGCUGUGACGGGCAACAAAGAGUGUAUGGUACCAAGAUAGUGCUACAAGACAUGCAGAACAAUACGGACCAAGAACAUUUCGGUUGCAUGGAUCGUUGGGACUGUAUAUGAUUAGUCAUGCGCCACGUGAUCAGCAGGACCAAUCGACGUACAGUCGUACAUACUAAAUUAUUGAAGAGCCAUCCAUUAUUACUUGAGCGCACAUUUGUCAGAGUUGGGUUCGGAACCUGAAAUAACAGAAUUUGGAGGGGCCGAGGGGUUAUUUCUUGAGCUGUGGACAGUUACCAAAUAUUACCUUCUAAAUUUUAGUAAUUUAGUUUCUUAAUUUUAUUAUAACCAUUAUUUUAUAUAUGUCAAAAUUACUGAAUAUACACGCUUCCGCAAAGUGCAUCAUUUUGGCUAUAGAGCGCCGUUUUCGUGUAUGAGAGAUUAGUCAAAUCCAAGCGUCCCAAGGG